AUGAGGAUCAUUGCGUGCUUUUUGGUAGCCUUUUGCAUCGGUAGCAUAAGAUGCGGAGGAGUUCUGGUUAAAGAAAAAAGGUCAGUUUUUCAUGGUGGUUAUGAUGGUGGACACGGAUAUAGUUAUGGCGGUGGACACGCAUACGGUUAUGGAGCAGGACAUGGACAUGGAUAUGCAAGUCAUGGAUAUAGUGGAAGUCAUGGCGGAUACAUAAGUGGAGCAUACAAAAGUGGAAGUUACGGAUCUGGAUAUGGAGGUGGAUACGGAGGUAGAUACGGAGGUGGAUACGGAGGUGGAUAUGGAGGCAGUUACGGAGGUGGAUAUGGAGGCGGUUCCAGAGGUGGAUAUGGCGGUAAUGGUUUAGGUUAUGGAGUGAAUGUCUUGAUUACCAAAGACAUCACCGUGCCAGUUGCCAAGCCCUACCCGGUGCCUGUAAUUAAGAAAGUACCAGUUCCAGUCGCUGUUAAAGUGCCUGUGCCAAUCUCAAAACCGUACCCAGUGCCAGUCCAUCAGGAAGUCCGCGUAAAAGUACCAGUAUACUUUAAGGUCCAUCAUCCAGUACACGUACCAGUAGCAGUACCAAAGCCAUAUCCUGUGGAGGUAGUUAGGAAGGUGCCAGUUGCCGUUCCAAAACCGAUUUACUACAGACUUCCAGUUCAUACUCACACACUAACUACCAUCGGUAAUAUUGGUGGAGCUGGGAAUAUAGGUUUUGGAGGAAACUUAGGAGGUGAAUACGGAACUGCCAUUGGCGCUGCAGGUGCAGGAAUUCCAAUUGCAGGUCUUGCAGCUGGAGGAAGUUUCGGAGUAAAUGCCGGCGUAACAAAAGCUUAUUACAAGGGGUCCUCAGACGUUCCUACCUCGAGCGCGUACAAUGGAUAUUCGGGUACUGGAUAUCUUGGAGGAGGUAUUGAAGGUGGAUAUGACUCUGGUCAUCAUGCUCUUGCCAACUAUGUCACUGCUGGAUAUCGCGAUAGUCAUACCUAUGCAUCAGAAACUAACUACAAGUGCAUUUUGGUAGCCCUCUGCGUCAGCGGCAUUAGCUGUGGAGAGUCUUCUUCUAAGGAGAAGAGAUCCAUCAUCCAUGGAGGAUUGGGCGGUUACGGCGGUUACAGCAGCGGAGGCUACGGAGGCGGAUAUGGAGGUGGAUACGGUGGAGGAUACGGAGGUGGAUAUGGUGGAGGAUACGGAGGAGGAUUUGGCGCAGGAUACGGAGGCGGCUAUGGAGGUAGUUACGGCGGUGGUUACAGCAGUGGAUUAGUUGGAGGAUACGGUGGCGGAUUCGGUAGUGGAAUCGGAGGUGGAUAUGGUGGUAUCGGAGCUGGCUUUGGAAGCGGCAUUGGCGGUGGUUUCGGAGGCGGAAUUGGGGGUGGUCUUGGCGGAAUUGGUGGCGCAGUAGUUACUGUUACCAAGCAAGUUGCCGUUCCAGUACCACAACCCUUCCCUGUUACCGUUACCAAACCAGUGCCAGUUCCUGUUGCCGUUAAGGUACCAGUCCACAUCCCGAAACCAUACCCAGUUGCCGUUCCUCACCCCGUCCCAGUCAAAGUACCAGUUGUCAUUAAAGUGCCUCAUGCCGUCCCAUACCCAGUCAGCGUACCAAAGCCAUACCCAGUCGAAGUGAUCAAGAGGGUACCAGUCUCAGUUCCAACCCCAGUUGUUGUUCCUGUCCACACUCACUCUCAUACUACUGUCGGUGGUGCCGGAAUUGGUGCCGGCAUCGGAGGUGCCGGUAUCGGUGGAGCCGGUAUCGGAGGUGGUUUUGGAGGAGCGGGUAUUGGUGGAGCCGGCAUCGGAGGUGGUUUUGGAGGAGCGGGUAUUGGUGGAGCCGGCAUCGGAGGUGGUUUCGGAGGAGCUGGUAUCGGUGGAGCCGGUAUCGGAGGCGGUUUCGGUGGAUCCGGAAUCGGAGGUGGAUAUGGCGGUAGCAUAGGAGGUGGACACGGUGGAAUCGGUGGUGGAUACGGUGGAUAUCACGGUUCCGGUUACGUCUCCAGUUCUCACGGUGGCAUCGCCUCCGGUUACAACAGUUACGCCUCAGGAUGGAAGUGGUAA